AUGGGACAAAGAGAUGCUCCCUGUCUGACCUGCCGCCAGAAGGCGCGUAAGUGUGAUCGUGCGCGGCCGAUGUGUAGGCGUUGCAUUCGAAUGGGACUGCAAUGUGAAGGCUAUCCAGACAAGUUUCGUUUUUGCGGGAUAGCCAGUCGUGGCAAAUGGAAAAAUCAAGACCUUCCAAUCAGCAAGGACUCUGCUUCCACCCCAACUACAGAUUCUACCGCCACUGAACCAACCGCAUCUACGCAAGGUUUAGCGUUUCAUUCAUGGGGGCCACCGUCCCAGAAUAAAGUCAGCUCAUCUGUUGCAUCGUCAGAGGGCAACAUUGAGAGCACGCCAGGUUACCAAGAGCACAGGAAGAUAUUAGUCUCGAAAGAGGCAGAAACGCUCCUCGUUCACUAUGACCGCAUCAUUUGUCCCCAUCAGAUUGCGCAGCCUAACGACAAAAAGGAAAACCCAUAUCGACUCUACGUGAUUCCAUUAGCAUAUGAGCAAUUAAAUGUUCUCUAUGCAGUUCUUGGUCUAUCAGCCUGUCAUAUGGGGCAUUUAAACUCAGACAGGCACCUAUACGAAUCGGUGGCUGUGGAUUAUCGCGCCAAGGCCAUCAAUGCUCUCGGCACUACCAUCAACAAGGUUUGCUCACGGAACUUCGAAGGAAGCGAUGUAGAUUCCGUUUUUGCCACAAUUCAAAUCCUUUUACUACAUGAUAUCUGCGAAACCGGCAUAUCUACACAUGGUGCACACAUCUCGGGCGCUAUGUCAAUCUGCUCUCAGCUCAAACUUGACCAAACCUUAACUGUUGAUCAGGAGAGAACUGUUUUCUUUCUAGGAAAUCUUCUUUGGCUAGAUAUCAUACGUGCUUUUGCUGCCCCUGAAAGACUCUGCUUCACUCACGAGCUCCGUUCAAAGAUUUUGUCCUUAUGCAACUUACGUUUCGAGUCGGUCAAUGGUUGUCCCAGGGAAAUAGUUCUCAUCAUUGCUACUAUCCUGGAGUGCGCGAAAGAGUAUGCCGCCGGAAGGUUGGAACACUCGGAGUUCCAUGAUACUAUCCACAGUUCAAUUCGCAAGCUGUACCUCUGGGACAGCUCACGUUGCUUUUUCCCGGAUAACGAUGUGCUUUGGGGUUCGGUUUCGAAUGCAUUUCGCCAUGCAUGUAUUUUGCGCGCUUGGCGUUUGCUUGAUCCUUCCGAGCCUGCUUCUGAACCGAAGAUCAGAGAUUCGGUUUUCGAAAUUCUGGAUUCGGUGGCCAAUAUUCCCUCGACUAGUCCUUUGCUAGAGCUUAUGGUCCUUCCUCUGUUUAUGGCUGGGGCCGAUAAUCUGUCAGCGCACUCACGGCAUUAUGUUAUAUUGAGAUUGGAGCAAAUCAAGGCUCGGUCGGAAAUGGGAAACACUGCCCCUCAAAGUUUGCUUGAGAAAGUAUGGAAUGCCCGUGCGGAACAGCAAAAGAAUGAUACUAGUAAUAUUCCCUGGAUGUCCUUUACUUUUAACUCGGAUUCAUCGCAUCAGGAUGACUACUUAAUCAUCUAG